AUGUUAUCUCUACUUCGUAGUCAAUGCAGAGGUGUUGCUACGAGGUCAGUACCAUCCUGGUCCACGCGAACAUACUUCACUCAGAAAGAUGCCUCAAAGAAGAAGUACUCUAGUGAGUUGGCAAAGUAUAGGAAUAUAGGUAUCAUUGCCCAUGUCGAUGCUGGCAAGACUACAACAUGCGAGCGAAUGUUGUAUUAUUCGGGAAUGAUCAGAAGGAUUGGUGAGGUGCACAAAGGAGAUACAGUGAUGGAUCAUUUGAAGAUGGAGAGAGAGCGUGGCAUCACCAUCACAGCAGCAACAAUCACAUUCCCCUGGCAGAAUCAUCGAAUCAAUCUGGUCGACACUCCUGGCCACGUCGACUUCACAGUCGAGGUCGAGCGCAGUGUCCGUGUGAUGGAUGGCGCCGUCGCGAUCUUUGACGCUGUGGCGGGUGUGCAGGCACAGUCGAUCACUGUUUGGAAUCAGGCCGAUCGCUAUCAGGUGCCACGCAUCGCCUUUGUCAACAAGAUGGAUAGGGAGGGUGCCACAGCGGAGAAGACACUAAAGAUGAUGCAGGCGCGACUCAAUGCUGUACCCCUGCCGUUGCAGAUACCUGUCGAUGUCGGUCCGAUGUUUGGCGCCGUAGUCGACCUCGUCGACAUGAAGGUCAUCACAUGGGAGGGUGACAAGGGCGAACAGGUCGAGAUACACGACAUCCUAACAUAUGGUGGCGAGCAAUUGAUGGCCCGCGCCAAGGCACACCGCGACCAGUUGCUCACCACUUUGGUCGAUCUUGACGAACAACUUAUGCAAGAGUACUUUGAGAAGGAUGGCGAUGUGUCGGAUACUACAUUGCGCGCGGCAGUUCGUCGCGCCACUGUUGCAAUGAAGGCCGUGCCCACAAUGUUUGGCUCAUCACUCAAGAACAAGGGCGUGCAGCAGGUGAUGGACAGUGUGAUCCACUACCUGCCCUCGCCCCUGGACCGCGACCCGCCCACUGCAGUGGACAUGCGCACCAACAAGACAGUGUCGAUCGCAGCCAAUACCAAGGACCCAUUGGUCGCACUGGCCUUCAAGGUUGUGCACGACAAGCGUCGUGGACUAAUUGUGUUCUCGCGAGUCUAUGCAGGCGUGCUCAAGGCUGGCACAACAAUAUUCAACGCCAAGAAGGGAGGCGAGAAGGAGCGCGUCCAGAAGCUGCUGCAGGUGGCAGCCGACGACAUGGAGGAGAUCAGCGAGCUGCGAGCAGGUGACAUUGGCGCCAUCCUUGGACUGAGGGACGUUAGCACGGGCGACACACUGAUCUACGAGCCAUCCAAUGACCGCGCGCUGCGGCCUGUUCUCAAAGGCAUUGUCAACCCGCCGCCCGUAUUCUUCUGCGCGCUCGAGCCCGACACAGAGAAGGAUUACAACCCGCUGAUCGAAGCGUUGGAGAUCCUUCAACGUGAGGAUCCUUCAUUCUUAUAUCACAUCUCUGAGGCACAGCAGAUAUUGAUCAGUGGCAUGGGCGAGCUGCACUUGGAGAUCAUCAAGGAUAGGCUGGACAAUCACUUCAAGGUGGCCUGCACGAUGGGCCGCAUGCAGGUAUCAUACAAGGGCACGAUAUCGGAGUCAAUACGUGAGGAUGACAUUGUCGAGUCGUUCGACGUGCAGACCUCAGCUGGCGUUAAGACCUACACCGCUGGCGUGUCAAUCUCGAUGGAGCCACUGGAGCCGGGCACAGGCAAUCAGAUCAAGUUCGAGCUGGAAGACUCGGUCGUCGAGUCCAUGGAGAAGUCUGUACUAGAUCGCGUGAAACAAUCAAUUACAGAGGGCAUCGAGUCCUCGUUCCAGCGUGGUCUUCCACUGGGCUUCCCCGUGAUCGAUGUGGGCGUUACAAUACACGGCAUCUUCUACCGCUCAGAGGCCGAGACCCCGCCCAUGGCCUUCCGCAACUGUGUGAUCAGGUCGAUACUCAAGCUGGGCGACCAAGCUGGCGCGGUCAUCUUGGAGCCGCUGAUGAAUCUGGAGAUCUCGGUCGACGAGAAGUACCUGGGCAGCGUUCUGUCCGACCUGUCGCGCCAACGUCGCGGCACCAUCAAGGAGGUGGGCAUGGAGAAGAACACACAUAUCAUCUCGGCAUUGGUGCCACUCAAGGAGAUGAUCGGAUACUCAACCCAACUGCGAUCAUUCACACACGGCAACGCUUCAUUCACAAUGGAGUACAGUCACAAUGGUCGCGUGAGCGCCAACGAAGUGGCCAAAGUGUUGCAAGAGAUCAGAGGUUACUGA